CACGAAUGAGUUUCGGUUCGCGCUUUUUGCUGAUUGGAAAAUCACAUGUUAUUUCGAACAAUCGUGUUUAGUUCCUUGUGAAUCAGUUAAAGGUCAGUUCGCAAGUGUAGAUGGUCGUUAAAGCAAUAAAAAUAGUACACCGAAAUGGAGAAGAAUUCCAAGGGAAAAUCGAAUACAUCGUCUCGGAGUAGAUUUGACAGUUUCAACACCAUAAAUGAGAAACCGGUGGAUGAUAUUUCGUUAGAAGCUUUCUACACCCCACAUAGCAUUUCUGCACUUGCAAUAUCGAUAGCUAUCGUUAUUUAUUUUGCUUUCGUUAGGGAUACUGAAAACGUCGAAAACAACAUAUGGGCAGGCAUGCUAUGUUGCAUCUUCUUCUUCCUCAUCAUCUCAGUGUUGGCAUUCCCCAACGGUCCCUUCACUCGUCCACAUCCGGCCGUUUGGCGCGUCGUCUUCGGCAUGAGCGUCAUCUAUCUCAUGGGCUGUCUCUUUUUCCUUUUCCAAAACUACCAAACCGUCAAAAACAUCCUUCUCUGGUUCGAUCCCAGCCUCAAAGACUUCCACAUAGACAUGGACAAAGAAUACGGCGUCAAUUGCUCGGACAUCACCCCCGAACGCAUCUGGGGCCAUAUCGACGUCUUCGCAUUAGGCCAUUAUUUGGGUUGGCUGUUCAAAGCAAUUUUAAUCCGGCACAUGGGCAUUUUAUGGGCGAUCAGCUUCAUGUGGGAGAUCACCGAAAUCGCCUUCGCCCAUCUCCUGCCAAACUUCAUCGAGUGCUGGUGGGACGCAUUGAUUCUCGACGUGUUGAUAUGCAAUGGGUUUGGUAUUUGGUGCGGGUUGAAGAUUUGCGAAAAAUUGGAAAUGCGCGAGUAUAAAUGGGUCAGUAUUAGGGACAUCCACACCACGUCCGGCAAAAUCAAGCGUGCCAUGCUGCAGUUCACCCCGGAGAGUUGGACUUCGGUCCGGUGGUUGGACCCGAAGUGUUCCUACAUGAGGGUUUUUGCGCUUUGUCAGUUGGUAUUGUUCUGGCAAACGUCCGAACUCAACACGUUUUUCCUCAAACAUGUUUUCGAAUUGCCAGCGUCUCAUCCACUAGUCAGCGCUAGGUUGAUUCUCAUUGGUGUGAUAGUGGCGCCCUCUGUGCGACAGUACUACAGCUAUGUUACGGAUACUACGUGUAAAAGAGUUGGUACCCAAUGCUGGGUCUAUGGGUGCAUUAUGGUCUCGGAAGCUUUGAUUUGUAUCAAACAUGGAAGGGAGUUGUUUGAGCGGACUCAAGCCAUUAAUAUAAUCGUCUGGUUGAUGGUACAGCUGGUUAUUUCUGUGGCUUGUGUGAUAGGGUGUGUCAUGUGGCAUAGAGCUGGAUUGGCACGGGGGAAUUCCAGAGAUUUGAGUCCGGUGAAAAGUGUAGCUGGUGCGAAAAUUCUCUUUGAGAACAGUGAGGAAAAGGAAGAUUGAUAUUUUUAAGACUGUUGAUAUUGUUUAGUUAAUUUUUUACCUCUUGUGAUCUAGUCAUUUAGAGUUGCGAUUGUUUUAUUAAGUUUUGUUGAGAAGUGACGGUAUCACAGUUAAGGUUGAUUUUAACGGGCGAAUUUAUGUAGAAAAAUACAUAAUGAAGUUGCUAUUUUUUCUUAUUAACGCAUCAUGUUGCGUUAAAACAGAUGUUUUGCAUACUUUACAUUAAAACACCUAUUAGUUUACUCAUAAAAAGCCUGAAUUAGCAGUAGAGAAAGGUCGUCAAACUCUUCGAUCUCCUCCAUGACGCUGUUUAGAUCUAAUAAUAAUUUAGUUAAUUAUUUUUAACUAAGGAAACCAUCUGUACGUGUAAAAAACAUUUCACAGAGUUGAAAUAAACAAAAUUGAGUUUUUUAUGUAGGCUGUUCAAAAAUGUUUGUUCAUCAACUCAUUCUUUCAAAUUUUCGUGCUUAAAUAUAGUUAAUUUUUUUAAAUAAUCAACUGUCAAUGUCAAAAUUCUGAUACAAACCAGACUGUAUCACCCUAAAAGUUCAUUUUGAACACCAGAUUUAACAUUUUUGAAAGUUGGACGUUAGUGUUAGUCGUUAAUUCG